AAUCCCUUUUUCAUCUCUUUUCCAAUCUUAAACAUGGGAACUCAAAUUCUCAUGUUCACGCUACUUGCAUUAUUAGCUCCUAAAUUCACAUUCUCUUCACCAGUCCCUGACCCUGAGCUCAUAGUACAAGAAGUUAAUGAGAAAAUCAAUGCCUCCAGAAGGAACCUGGGGUUCCUGUCCUGCGGGACAGGCAAUCCCAUCGACGACUGCUGGCGGUGUGACCCAAACUGGGAAAAGAAUCGCCAGCGUCUGGCAGACUGCGCGAUCGGGUUCGGGAAGCACGCGACCGGGGGCCGCGACGGCAAGAUCUACGUGGUGACAGACUCUGGGGACCACGCGGUGAAUCCGAAGCCGGGCACCCUUCGGUACGGGGUGAUCCAGAACGAGCCACUGUGGAUCAUAUUCGCGCGGGACAUGGUGAUCCGGCUGAAGCAGGAGCUAAUGGUGAACUCUUUCAAGACGAUCGACGGGCGCGGGGCGAGCGUGCACAUCGCGGGCGGCCCCUGCAUCACGGUCCAAUACGUGACCAACGUGAUCAUCCACGGCCUCAACAUCCACGACUGCAAGCAGGGCGGGAACGCCUACGUCCGGGACUCGCCCGACCACUACGGGUGGCGGACGGUCUCGGACGGCGACGGCGUCUCCAUUUUUGGCGGGAGCCACGUGUGGGUGGACCACUGCUCCCUCUCUAACUGCCGAGACGGCCUCAUCGACGCCAUACACGGCUCCACCGCCAUCACCAUCUCAAACAACUACCUCACGCACCACAACAAGGUCAUGCUGCUCGGCCACAGCGACAGCUACAAGCAAGAUAAGAACAUGCAAGUCACCAUUGCCUUCAACCAUUUCGGAGAAGGCCUCGUGCAGAGGAUGCCAAGGUGCAGGCACGGAUAUUUUCAUGUGGUGAACAACGAUUACACGCAUUGGGAAAUGUACGCAAUUGGCGGGAGCGCAUCCCCUACCAUCAACAGCCAGGGAAACCGCUUUCUCGCUCCAGACAGGGAAGACAAUAAGGAGGUUACUAAGCACGAGGAUGCGCCAGAGAGUGAGUGGAAGAGGUGGAAUUGGAGAUCGGAAGGGGACCUAAUGCUGAACGGGGCCUUCUUCACGUUGUCGGGUGCAGGGGCAUCGUCUAAUUAUGCAAAGGCCUCGAGUUUAAGUGCGCGACCUUCGUCAUUAGUGGGAACCAUCACCGGAGGGUCCGGUUCCCUCAACUGUAGGAAAGGCAAACGCUGCUGAUUAAUAUUAAUUAGAUUACCAUAUUAUUGCUACAUUGCAACCAAACGGCACUUGCCAAUUAUUAGGGAUGUAAAUUUAUAUUCCUAAUCAAAAAAUUCACGGAUUGGUGAGUGUAA